AUGGUGAUGAUGAUGGACGAAGGUGAACCCGAUGUGUUGAUAGUCAAUGUUCCAAAGUACGAAGUCAAUUCAUUCGUCCACUCCAUUGACAUUAGUGCUUAUCGGGAUCCCAACAAUCCUUGGUCGUUUCAGAAAGCACUUGCUGUCAUUUUUGGAACGUUCCUUGAUAAACGAUUUACAGUAAGUCGAUGGGCAUGUGGGCUCGAUCCAGAAUUACAAACAUGCAUACCGUACAAGCUAGCAGACACAACAACUGCAGAACCGAUCGAUGUCCUGGUAGAUCAUGUUCCAGAUGGUCUGCUAGUCUCGACAGAUGUUUUGGUUGCUCAAGUUCUGAAUGAUCAGUCGAUCUCCACAAGAACCACAACCACACGGACAUUGGAAUAUAAGACACCGUACCGAACCGAACGCGAUCGCAAACGACGCAGUCGUAAAACAAGUAUCAAAAUGCGACGUAAACGCUAUACAUUUGAAGUAAUACGAGACAUAUCCGAACGGUUUUCAAUCAGCAACGUCAAAUCCGUAUCAUGGUGGCUGAGAAUUAAAUGGGUCAAUGUUCAUCUCGUUCGCCAUCGCAUGUUCCUUGGUUUGAAAGAUGAUACAACAAGGAUACAGUGUGAACAAAGUCUGACGGAUGAAUUAUUUAAAGAAAAUCAUUAUCGGGCGUUGUAUCGAGUAUCAUGA